AUGGCGGUGGCGGCGGAAGAGUCGCCAUUGCUGAAAGCCCAACAAGAUGUAGAGAAGGCGAUGGGCGAAGAUGCGUUCGUGGGCUCCCUCCGCCGACGCGUGCAGCGGCUUUUCGGCGCGGAGCACAACCCAAAGUUUGCGGAGAACGCCGAGCAUGCCUUCCGUGGAGCAUUUGCGCUGGUCUUCUUCGCCAUUCCAAUCAUCAUGCCGCGAGGUGUGUGGGCCUUCCGGGACGAUGUGAUGGAGCUGGGCGUCUAUUCCAGCGGGGUCUGCAUGUUCAUUGUCUUCAAUCUCGGCACCUCCUUCGGUCAGGCCUUCAACAGCUGCAAGUCAGGCUUGCAGGGCACUUUGCUCUCCUCGAUGAUGGGAUGGCUCAUGUACACCCUGUACCCAGAGGGCUAUCAAAGCACCUCCCCCGACUCGGUCUUCUAUGGCGGUGUCUUGGUUGGAGUUCUCUAUGUCACCGUGGUGAUGUACCUCCGGUUUGGCAUCUCUUUGCAGAUGUUUGCCUUGUCCGGCUGGGCCACCACAUGGAUGAACUUUCUGAACGACAAGCACGAAGACACCAUCAUGCCCCCCUGGACUCCCGGAUGGACCAUUCACAAGGACAUUCUGACCCAAGGCUUUAUUUGCACCGGGCUGGGUAUGGUGGCCGUGGUGAUUGCCAGCCUCCUUCCCUACCCGCGUUGGUCCUUGAUGUUCGUCACCGAGAGCCAGCUCGGCGCGAACCUGCAAGUGGUCCAGGUGCUGGAAACAAUGGUGAAGUACUAUUCGCAGGACAAGCCGAAUGUUUACGUCAAGGACCAAGUGAUCCGCAGGAUGACCCGAAUGAGAGAUAUGGUGGAGGAGAACGACACGCUGCUGGCUGCAGCCUGGUGGGAGUGCUGGGGCCUGGGCCGAUCGCAAGUCAAGCGCCGGGUCUUGGCAUCCAUGGAUAAGGUCACGAAGGCGAUAAGUGAUCUGAUCUGGAACGCCUGGCAAGAAUCCAUCUCUGAGGAUGUAGGGGAGAUGGACGCGGAGCUCAUGCGUCUAGUGAGGCCAUCCAUUGAGAAAGUGCUCAAGUCGAUGCAAGUUACCAUGAACUUGCUCGUCAAGGCCGCCUCAGAUGGGAACCUGGAUCCUGCAGAGGUCGUAGCGCUGAAGAAAAGCUUCAAAGACUUGGAAGAGAAGGAUCAGGAGAUGUGCAAGCACUUCACCAAGGUGCGCAAGGAGGUCACGAAAGGGGAGCCGAUGGCAAUCUACAAGGAGGUGCGCGUAGCGCAGGUCCUUCUCUUCAGCGUCAGUCGAGUGGUGGCGCAAACCAUCGAGUUGGCGGACAAGAUCCAGCAGCAGAUGUCGCUGAAGGAUUUGUUGCCGGCUGCACCAGAAUUGGGUGGCUGUUCAGCGCUCUUCGCAAAUCUGUUGGAGAAGGACCAUGUGAUCUUCGCGGCGAGAGGAUUGCUGGCAUACCUUCUGGCCUUCCAGAUAGGUUGGCACGGCUGGAUGGGCGUCGUUCCCAAGCGCGCAGCUGGUAUCGCCGGGACUACGCCGUACCUGCUCACCAUGUAUGUGGGCUCUGCUCUGGUCUCUGAUCUGAACCGGAUGCAGGGCCUCAUGAUCGGGCAGGUCAUGGCCAGAGUGGUCCGUGGCAUGGUAGAUAGUUGCCACUGGGACGACCUGAUCGGGCUUGCGGUGAUCACGUUUACGUGGGUUUUCUUGGGUGUCUUCGUGCGGGAGCAUUCCUCCACGUUCUCCUCCGUUGGCUCCAUGGCAGCGGCUUUCGGGGCCACCACGCUUUUGGCCACGAACUGCAGCAAUCCGGACUUGGAGAAAGAGGCAACUUUUGACCAUCUCGCGAUGAACUGUGUCGCCGUGCUCCUGACCACGGUGGUGAACUUGGCCCUUCCGGCGGACUCGGCCUCCAAGCUAGCCUCUCAGGCCCUGGAUGAGUGUUGGGGUGUGAUACGCAAUGCCAUGGAGGAGCUCUAUGACCCGAAGGUCAAGAUGGUCAAGUUCCAUGCUCCCAAAGCAAGGGCUCUGCUCAAGAAGGCUGAUGCCCUGGGAGACGAGGCUGGCUUCGAGCCCCGCCUGUGGAAGACGCCUUGGCAGUCUGCCCUCUUCGACCGAGUUACGGAGGAGACCAGCAACAUGGUCGCCACGCUCUCUGCUAUUGAGACCUCCAUCGCUGAGGGUGGCGUCGAGGGGGCGCAGAAAUGUGAGCAUGUCCGCUUGCUGACCGAGCGGAGCACUCUCUUCAACAAAGGUGGGAACACCAUCAACAAAAAGCUCGACAUUGUUCGAAGGCUGCUGGGGAUCUUCGCGCACGAGACACAGCAGAAGUUUCCGGUCUUGCAAGAUCCUGAAGUCUUCCACACUUUCCGCGGCGAGGAGCUCUUGGCUGAGCAGGAGUUCAUCAAGCGGCUCGGGCAGAGUUGGGACUCAUCCCAUUGGAGUGAGAAGUCUUGA